AACUGUUGUUAUUAUAAUUAUUAUUUGUUUACUGUUGUUUACUUUGUGAUGUUAGUGGAAAAAAAAAGGUUGUCAAAUGGAUUCUUACAAAACAGCAAAAGAUUUGAGAGAUUCAGAUGAUUUUUUAACAACUGGAUGUGAUAAAAUUGAUGCAUUAUUACGUGGUGGUUUGUCCAGGCGAGGUAUCAAUGAAAUUUAUGGUGAAGCUGGAUGUGGUAAGACUCAAUUGGCACUACAACUUUGCUUGUCAUCACAAAUAAAAAAAUCAAAUGAUCAAUCAACAUACACAAUAUACAUAUGUACAGAGUCAAUUUUUCCAUCAAAACGUUUGCAAGAGCUACUUAAAACAUCAACAAUAUCAAAGAGUCAUAAAGUAUCAAGUGAUUAUAUACUUGUCGAGCAUGUUUCAAAAGUGACUGAAUUAGAGACAUGUAUACUUGAAAAAAUUCCGACUUUUUUAUCAAAUAAAAAACGAAAAUUAGGCUUAAUAAUAAUUGAUUCAAUAGCAGCAGCAUAUCGUGUAGAAUAUGAAGAAAAUAAAUUAAAAAAUCGUGCUAAAAGUUUAAGAACAAUUGGUCAUGCAUUACAUAAAUAUUCACGUUUGUUUAAUGUAUGUAUUGUUUGUUUAAAUCAGGUAUCAGCAGUAAUGGAUAAUCCACUUGGUAGCUUUGAUCAUUGUCAAAAAUUACAGCCAACAUUAGGGCUUACCUGGGCCAGCCAAGUUACAAAUUCAUUUUGUCUUUGUCGUUUUGGUGAUGUACGUCAUUUUCAUGUACGUGAUUCAUCAUAUUUACCACGUAGCACAAUGUCAUUUGAAAUAACAACGUCUGGUGUUCAAGGCUUGACUGACAUUACCUGA